AUGCGCUGUGCGGUGACCUUUCCUCCACCCUUGGGUCCCUGCCCAGGCAGAGGAGUUUUCCUAGGCAUGAGGGGGUGGGGAAAAGAACCUCCAAAUAGAACGUGGACACGAAAGUGGACUGGAGCAGCCCUGAGGCCCCCAAAGCCUCUUCAGGGUGGCACCUCCAGGGCUGAUGACCCCACUCCUCCGGGGCUGGUUCUCCCUCCUGGGCAGCCCACUGAGCCCCUGGCCACUGAUGGGCUUGCCCGGGGCCGCUCGGUUGCGGUGGAAGGACCUGGAAGCUUCAGCAGACUGGGGCUUUCCCAAGCCACCUUCCUCCAGAUCCAGGAGGCCUCUGGGCUGGGUGCCAGGGAGAGCACACCGCUUCCAGCCGCCUCAGAUCACCUGGCUGAGUGCAACUUGGGGACAGAACCCGCGGCUGGUUUCAGAGCAGCACGUGAUGCUAUUUCCAGGAGGCAGAAAAAGCAAUGCUUUCAUCUGGAGUCCUGA